AUGAAGUUCUUCUGCACACUCUUCCACAAAACCAACUCUCUCCCUCCAUCUUCCCCGGUGCUCGUCAAGUUGUCUCUAUCUGCGCUCCCCAUGGAUCUGUCUUCUCUAGAAGGCCCCCCACUGCCAGAACCGCAGGAGGAGGAAUUUCUUCCUCCUUACCCGCCUGAGCUGCGCGCCCUCGAACUCAGCCCGCCGUCACCAUCCACACGCCAUUUAGUCCCGUCGCCGCUCCACCCACGACGAACGGAAACAGAAACGACAGAAGGCCCCAUAUCACCACUGCAGGAUCCCACAUCACCACUACAAGAGCCCAUAUCACCCCUGCAAGAGCGAUCACCCCUGCAAGAGCGACGCAGACAAAGGAACCAUCCUGAAGGGAAUCUGGGGGAGGGGAAUAAUCUGAGACGGGCCCUAGCCAAACGAGGACGAAGAAGUCCCGAUCAACUGCAACUGCAUAUCACUCCGGCAGAGGAGCAGGAACCACAACCACAACCACAACCGCAACCGCAACCGCAACCACAACCGCAACCACAACUGCAACCGCAACUGCAACAUCAAAAUCCAGGACCAUCUCCAUGCCACGCCACCAGCACUUUCCGUCCAGACCGCCGCCGACCAAGUCCCAGUCAUCGCCUCAUCUGGCUGGAGGAGGAACAGCUAUGGGUCGUGGCAGCUCCGUUGCCGGACGUCCAAACCGACCGGCGAGUCUCUCACGCGUCGAGUUCGCCUAGUCCAUUGGCCUCGCUAUUCCCGUCAUUUUCUCGGAGUCCAGUGAGCCCGGUGACUCCUCAAUUCCCCCAGCACCAACAGAACCGCAGUGUCAGCGACAACCGGGUGCUCGGCGAGAUGCCUCCCCCCUAUGAGAGCCAUAGGUUCAGUCCAACAACACAUCCUACUUCGAGAUGGGCCGCUGUCACACGGCGGAUUCCGGGCAUGUCGGUUGGGUGA